UGGGGGUUUCACACAUGCGCAGAACAACUUUUUCCGCGUAAGCAGACUUCCUCAUUGGGAGAGUUUGCUACUUACUGGCCCACGGUCCAGCGACGUUUCCAGCUGAGGAUUCACAUCGCCCUUCUCCUCUCUUUACUCUUAGACUCACAGAUGUCGAAGCCUCCUCCCAAGCCGGCAAAGCCAGGCCAAGUCAAGGUGUUUAGGGCACUGUUCACCUUUGACCCCAGAACACCAGAUGAGUUGUACUUUGAAGAAGGAGACAUUUUAUACAUCUCUGACACAAGUGACACUAAUUGGUGGAAGGGGACAUGUAGGGGAAGGACGGGACUAAUUCCUAGUAACUAUGUGGCUGAGCAGGCUGAAUCCAUUGACAAUCCAAUGCAUGAAGCAGCCAAACGGGGCAAUCUGAGCUGGCUGAGGGAAUGUGUGGAGAACAAGGUUGGAAUCAAUGGGCUGGAUAAGGCAGGGAACACUGCCCUCUACUGGGGAUGCCACGGGGGACAUAAAGAUGUUGUGGAGGUGUUGCUAAGCCAGCCCAAUGUGGAGCUCAACCAGCAGAAUAAACUGGGAGACACUGCCCUUCAUGCUGCCUCUUGGAAGGGUUAUUCUGAUAUUGUGGAAAUGCUUCUUAACAAGAAUGCGAGGACAGACAUAAAAAACAACGAGAAUAAACUUGCUCUGGAGAUGGCCACCAACGCCCAGUGUGCUUCCCUUCUCAAAAGGAAACAGGGAAGCAAUUUGACCCGCACACAAAGCAAUGCUGAGGAGUAUUUGGAUGAUGAGGACUCGGACUGAGCCAACCCUGCCAAAACACUGUCACUUAUCUACCAUGCGUUUGUGGGGGGUGUGGGACUUUAGAGUUUUAUUUCAGGCCUAAAAUGGAUUUUCUUUAACUCCAUUUUAGUUCGAUUAUUUGUGUACAAACACUUUAGUUCUCAGCCCACCAUAUCUCUUCAGUGUGACUCUCAAAAUACUGAAUUAAAUGGAUUUACAGGUCUUCUGCUUUGCGAAGUGCAUUUCCACGUGUAGGGAAUUUAUCAUGAAGAGCAUCAGGAACACACUUGUGCAGUAAAAGGGACCAGAGCUCUUAAGAGACACAUUCCACACAUACGGAUUACAUUUAACCUAUUAAAAUGGGAAUUAAAGUGCCAGUGAAGAUUACGGGAUUGACUAUGGUCUGUGUUAAGUCUUCAAGCUGUGCUUAAGUUAUAAAACUACACCCUGAAAUUAAACUGGAAACUACAUUUUGCAGCUUACAGCUCAACCACUUGCGUGUCCAUUGGGAGGCAUUGAAAUGUUUAUUUUACUGGAAUGUUUCCCCUUUAAUUGGGAUUUGAAAGUGAAACGCAUUCCUGGAUUACAUUCUUAAAACUGAAUUUAAGGGUGCCACUUGUGCAUGAAUGGGGACGUUAUGCUAAAUUAUAAACUUUCAUGACACUGAUCUGUGGAAACUCAACUAUAUCAUCUUUGUAUUUUCAGUCUAACAUUUCCACUGGCAUUGAACACCAGUUCACUUUUUAAAAAAUAGGUGCACCUAAAGACGCCAUGAUACAGACUUUACUCUACAAUUUCUUGCUUUUGAUGGUUAAAUUCUCCCAUCCUGGGAGAAAAUGUCAGGUUUUAUUGCUGUGUCCAAUAAAGAUAAAAUAAGUGCCUUAAAUAUGUACAGCAAAGCCUGUGACUCUGGCUGUGUAUGAGUGUGCAUGCCUUGUCUUGCGUUGGUCAAUUUCUUUGUUUUUCUCACACUCUGUCUACAAUAAAAGACGUUAAAAAAACAAGCUGUUCAUGUGUCAUUAGCAUUACCUACAUACAGUUUGAACUUCUUUGGUAACUUCUUUGGAGAA